AUCACAGGUCAUUCCAGGCUGCGUUCAGUCUGGAAACCCCUGGUUAUUUUAACCUGCGCAGCCCCUUUAGCGUGAGCCGCCCACCGAGCCCCGUCUCGAGACGCAGUUCGAUGACGUAGUCUGUCCACGCGCCCGGCUGAAGGCUGCACGCGGGUCUCGGUUUCUCCUGUCUCGCGCUGUAAAUACAGAAAAACAGCGCGGUUGAAAGCAAGUCGGAUUCGGACUGCGUGUGUAGGGUGGGGUUAUAAUCCGAUUCGAUUAAAGUUAAAUCAGUAAUGGAGGCUUUCGCGGCGCUCGGCCUGUCCGACUGGCUGAUCCAGCAGUGUAAACAAAUGGGCAUCACCCGGCCGACUCCCGUCCAGCAGAGCUGCGUACCGGCCAUUCUAGCAGGUCGGGAUUGUAUGGGCUGUGCGAAAACUGGAAGCGGCAAAACGGCAGCUUUUGUUUUACCAGUGCUUCAGAAACUGGCGGAGGAUCCCUAUGGAAUCUUCUGCUUGGUGUUGACACCCACAAGGGAACUGGCCUACCAGAUAGCUGAACAGUUCCGGGCACUAGGGAAACCACUGGGUUUGAGAGACUGCAUCAUAGUUGGGGGAAUGGACAUGGUGGCCCAGGGUCUGGAGCUGUCUAAAAAGCCACACAUUGUUGUUGCCACUCCGGGGAGAUUAGCAGAUCACAUUCGGAGUUCUGACACAUUCAACAUGAAGAGAAUCAAAUUUUUGAUCUUGGAUGAAGCAGAUCGUUUGCUUGAGCAGGGAUGCACAGACUUCACCAAGGACCUGGAAGUUAUUAUCAGUGUUGUGCCAGCAAAACGGCAAACGCUGUUGUUCAGCGCCACACUAACGGACACACUGCAGGAGCUAAAAACCAUUGCUAUGAAUGAGCCUUUCUUCUGGGAGAACAAGUCAGAGGUCCGAACAGUGGAUGAGCUUGAUCAAAGAUACAUCCUUACACCUGAGAAAGUCAAAGAUGCUUACUUGGUGCAUCUUAUUCAGAAAAUCCAAGAUGAACAUGAUGACUGGUCAGUCAUGAUUUUCACCAACACAUGCAAAAAUUGCCAAAUUCUUACAAUGAUGCUUCGUGAAUUUAAAUUUCCCGCAAUCUCCCUGCAUUCCAUGAUGAAACAGAGACAACGAUUUGCAAACCUUGCCAAGUUCAAGUCCAAUGUUUUCAAGAUCCUGAUAGCCACAGAUGUUGCUGCCAGGGGUCUGGAUAUUCCUACAGUGCAGGUUGUCAUUAAUCAUAAUACUCCAGGACUGCCUAAAAUCUACAUUCAUAGAGUGGGCAGGACUGCCCGUGCCGGAAGAAAUGGUGUUUCAAUUACACUGGUCACACAGUAUGACAUUCAUCUGGUCAAUGCUAUUGAGGAGCAGAUCCAGACCAAGCUAAAGGAGUACCCAGUGGAAGAGAAGGAGGUGCUAAAGAUCCUUACCCAAGUGAAUGUGACGCGACGACAGUGUGAAAUUAAAUUGGAGUCAACAGACUUUGGGGAGAAAAAGGAAAUAAACAAAAAGAAGAAAAUGAUCCUAGAAGGGAAAGAUCCUGACUUUGAAGAGAAGAGAAAAAAUGAACUUGCUAAAAGAAAAAAGGGAAAAGCAGAAGGAAAGGGGAGAAUUCAGGAAAUUAUUCAUCAGAAGAAGAAAGGAAAGCUUGUUAAAAAGAAAGGAAAGAAAACCAAAGCCACACUUCCCAGACAGUCAUAAAUCUGCAUGUUUAGCAUUGACCGCUGUACAUUUUUGUGCAUAUGUGAAUAAAUGGAUCAUUUUUUGCAAAGGUUUAAUUUGUAUUAAAUGUAUUUUUUAAUUAACAUUUUGUAAAUGUUUACUUGUUGACACAAUAAAUUGCCAUUAAUUAAAA